AUGGAUCGCAGGUGGAUGUAUGCUAUCCUUGCCUUUGCAGCAGCUAUUUUAUUUUUCGUCUCCAUCGGUUAUAAGGGGUGGGAGUUGGAGGCUGAAAAUCAUCAGAUUGAGAAUGACCUUUUUCGUAGUUCUGAUGGAACGAUGGGUGCCCUCCUCUUGACAGCCGCAUUGAUUGUUCUAGUCGCAGGCAGUAUUCUUGUCCUCCUCCUUGUAUUUAACAAUUCUUGCUAUGCAAUAGCUGGCUGUGCAUUGGCGGUCAUCUCUGCUGUUCUCUCGAUCGCUGCCAUGUCCUACUACUCGGAUUUGCGUUUUAAUUGGUCACCUUUCAUUGCUACUGGGGCAACAACUUUGACGAUCACUCUGUCUGGCAUUCUUAUAUUUGAUCUGGAGAUAAAAAAGAAGGCAUUGAAGGAGGCGUUAAGUAUGGAUCGAAACGUACUGUACGCAGUUUUCGCUUUUGCAGCGGCACUCCUCUUCUUUGUCGCCAUCGGUUACGAUGGAUGGCGUUGUGAAGGCAGCAUUAUCAGUAAAAGCUGUCUUGGUCAUCCACAUAACGAUGUGACAGGCGCUCUCCUCAUCACUGCUGGUCUGAUCAUUUUAAUUGCCGACAUCUUCCUCCUCCUUCCAAUUAUUAUUUACUUCUCAUGGGGUGCAACAGUGGCCUGUGUGUUGACAGUCAUCUCUGCCAUUUUCGCAAUGGUUGGAACAUUCUUGCAUGUACAUGUGAACCAUCUUUGGUCGCCCAGCCUUGCAUCUGUUGCUACAACUCUAACGGUUAUUCUUUCUAGCAUCCUCGUGUUCGAUUUGACGCUCCUCUCAGAGGACAAGCAUCCUUCAAAGUCUACGGGCCCUUCCCUUCUGGCGGCCUUUUUCAUCUUCUUUGCCAUCGGUUUUAACGGAUGGAGUUGUCAAGGCAGCAUUCUGAGCGAAAGCUGUAUUCGUUCUGGUCCUAACGAGGUGACGGGAGCCCUCCUCUUAACGUCUGGCUUGGUAGUCCUCAUUGCGGGCAUCAUUCUCAUCCUUCUGGUUGUGCUCCACUACUCUUGGUGUGCAAUAGUGGCGAGUAUUUUGGCAGUAAUUUCUGCCGUUCUUUCUAUUGCUGGUGUCAUAUACUACGUGGACGCACAUAGACACUGGUCACCUUUCAUUGCGACGGCGGCCAUGACAUUGACAGUUGCCCUGUCCGUCAUCCUUAUCUUCGAUUUGGUAACCAGUCGCUGA